AUGGAGAGCUGCCACUGUCUGCUGCUGCUGUGCACACUGAGUUUAACGCUGACCUCUGUGGAGGCGACGAAAAAUGAUGAUGACAUCGACCUUGUGAGCUUCCUGAGAAGCAUCUACCCCGGGCUCCUGGAGAGAAAUGAGCCGUUCGUCAUCAACAAAGACUUUGAGGUAAACUCCCUGAAGGAGCAAACCAGGGUCCACCCGGUCAGGCAGGCCACGGAGCGGGCUCCUGGCCCUGUGGUGGAAACCAAAAAUGGCCAGGUGAAGGGGAUUACGGUGGACAAGGCCCAUAUAUUCUAUGGGAUUCCAUAUGCAGAUCCCCCUGUUGGAGCUUACCGCUGGAAGGCCCCCAGACCUGUGACUCCUCGGUCUGGGGUUUAUGACGCCUCCUACCCGAGGGCAUCAUGCGUGCAGGCCUGCACUGGACCCAUCACAGAGGAGUGUCCUCAGAUAGUCAGUGAGGACUGUCUCUACCUCAACAUCUUCGUGCCUCUGGAUGUGAGCUUCAGAUCCCCUCUGGGGAGCCCGCUGCCCGUCAUGGUGUGGAUCCACGGGGGGGAUUUCAUCGCUGGCUCUGCCUCCAAGCCGCUGUACGAUGGACGCUUCAUCAGUAACUUCACCCACACUGUCCUCGUGAGCCUGGAGUACCGACUGGGAGCGUUUGGGUUCCUCGUGUCGGGCAAAGACCCUCACUCCGCCGCUACAGGGAAUUAUGGGAUAUUGGACCAGCAGGCAGCUCUUCUCUGGGUCCAACGGAACAUUGCAGUGUUUGGAGGUGACUCCAGCAAGGUGACUGUAUUUGGGGAGAGCGCCGGUGCUCAGUCAGUCAGCCUUCACCUGAUGAUCCAGAGCAGCACGACUCUGUUCCAACAGGCGGUGCUGCAGAGUCUGCCCUUCUCCAUCCCUCUGAAGACCAGACACGACGCCCUGAAGCUGGGAAAAGACUUUGCUAAACAGACCAACUGCUCUGUGAGCGACAUCGUCUGCCUGCUGGCUCUCACUCCACGGGCCGUCCUGGCCGCCCAGAUGAAAACAAGUUCCAAAGUCGUGAACCCCUUCAGGUUCCUCGAGGUUUUUGAGACGUGGGGUCCGUAUAUCGAUGGGGAGUUAAUAAAAGAGCAAGCUGUCACCGCCUUCCAGAAGGGCCACUGGCAGAAGGAGAAGCCAGUGCUGCUGGGAACGACCUCAGAGGAGGGUGUGAUCUUUGCGUACGGUGUCUUCAACAAGCCAGUCUCUGCCGUGGAGAGCACCGUGUACGUCACAGCCAUCUUUAAACAACACGCUCUGCGAAUCCUGCACAAGUACCUGCCGCUGUACCGGGACGCUGACCGCAGGGAUAUGCUCGCUCAGAUCGUCACCGACUACGUCUUCCUGUGUCCAUCCAGGAGGUCGGCGCGUGCCGGCACAGCCGCGGGCAGCGAGGUGUGGAUGUACGUGUUCGACCACGUGGCGUCAGACCAUCGCGUGUGGUCAGGUCUGACCUUCUGCUACCAGCACGUCUGCCACGGCGCCGAGCUGCCCUUUCUCUUUGGCUCGGCCUCGGUGACUAACUUCACCCUGUCGGUACCGGAGAAGUUGCUGUCCAAUCGGAUGCUGUGCUACUGGGGGGCCUUCGCCCACACCGGUGACCCUUCCUCGCGGGCCCAACAGACGGCUUUCUGCCGGGAGCAGCGCCUGCCCGUUUGGCCACGCUACUCUGACACCAGCAGCUGGCUGGUCAUGAACCUGACCGUGCGUUCACAUGCACAAGUGGGGACCAGGAACCACAUCUGUGACUUCUGGGACCAUCUGGGCAUCUAUUAGAGGGGACGGGCAGGUCGGGUCACUUUGCAUUAAAGUAGCAUCAAUGCUGUUCUCUUUGCUACUCACAAUGUAAGUUAAUCCCAAAGAUGUACAUUCAUCAGUAUAAAAUAAGACCUUUUAGGAAUCGUCAGCUUUUAGAAAUAAAGUUAUU